AUGGCUCCGCUGGUCAGGAUGGACCUGGAGGAGCUCAUGCGCAUCGUCCUCACAUGCCUCCCCGCGCGGCCCUUCCCUACCGCCGCCGGCUCCCGCCCCUCCCCGAGCGCCCGCCGCGGCGGCGGCGGCGGCGAGGACCGCAUCAGCCGGCUCCCGGACGCGGUGCUCUCCAACAUCGUGUCGCGCCUCCCCGCCAAGGACGCCGCGCGCACCGCCGCGUUCUCCAGGCGCUGGCGCCGCGUCUGGGCCUCCGCGCCGCUCGUCUUCGACGACUCCGACAUCCUCGCCCUCCCCGCCCGCGGCGGCGACCCCGAGCCCGAAGAAUGGUACGCCGUCACCGACGCCGUCUCCCGCGUCUUCUGUGCCCACCGGGGCCCCAUCCGCUGCGUGCGCCUCACCUGCUGCAUCAUGGCGCUGGCCGCGCGCAUGGGCACGCUCGGCUACUGGCUCCACCGCCUCGCCGACGCGGGAGCCGAGGACCUCGUCCUCGUCAACCGCCCCUUCCCCAGCGGCCUGCACCUCCCCGCCGACAUCCUCCGCAUCGCCUCCCUCCGCACCCUCUACCUCGCCUUCUGGCGCUUCCCGGACACCCGCGGCCUCCCGCGCGGCCCCGCCGUGUUCCCCCGCCUCCAGGAGAUUGGGCUCUGCCACGUCGGCAUCGACGACAGGGACAUCGACCACCUGCUCGCCUGCAGCCCCGUGCUCCAGAAGCUCGCGUUCGUCGCCACCUUCUACGAGGGCCCCGUCCGGAUCCGCAGCCGCAGCCUCCAGUGCCUCGUCUCGUGGAUGGCUCUGACAAAUGAGCUCGCCGUGGUUGUCGCCCCUCGCCUCCAGCGCCUAAUCCUGUGGCAGGCGUACCCGCGCGUGUCCGACUUUCCCUUCCGCACCAAGGUCAGGAUUGGCUACACCACCGAACUCAAGGUGCUCGGCUACCUGGAGCCAGGCAUCCACCAGCUCGAGAUUGGCGGCACCAUAAUCGAGAGUGGAACAAAGAUGACCCAAUCUACCAUGGUCCCAAGUGUCAAGAUCUUGGCCUUGAAGGUGCAAUUUGAAAUUCGCAAGGAAGCCAAGAUGCUGCCUGCCUUCCUGAGAUGCUUUCCCAAUUUGGAGACAUUGCAUGUUCUGUCCCAUGAAGCUGAUGAGCCUACUGGCAAGCUCAAUUUGAAGUUCUGGCAGGAGGUUGGCCCCAUCGACUGCCUAGAGACUCACAUCACUAAGGUCGUGUUUGACAAGUUCAGAGGGGAGCGCUGUGAGCUUGCCUUCCUCAAGUUCAUCCUAGAGAGGGCGCAAUCGCUGCUUAAGCUGGUGGUUGUGUUAUCCAAUGGAGAUCAAGCCUCAGUGGAUGAGAUGCUCACCAAGCUGAAAUCUCUGACCACGGCGAAACGCGCCAGUGAAUGCCCUACACUGUUGGCAGUCGCCCGUGAUGGAGACAGCGCUUGGUGCUUUCAGAGAGCAUCAGAUCUUUCUGUGAGUGACCCCUUUGAUUGGUGAUGAAGCUCAAGCCUCAAGGUGAUGGCAUGUGCCAUGACUAAUUCUAGCAUCUUGUGGAGCUGAUCGUUGAUUUUUGUCAGUAUACUAGCUGCGCACACCUUAGAAUGUUGUCUCAUGUUGUGUCAUCUCUGACAAGUGCGAGUACAGUUCUGAGUGAAUUGGAAGAGGCUUAUAGUUCAUGCAAUGACCAAAUGCUCCUCGACAUGUCACAGUUGAAAAGACUGCAUUUGUUGCGACCAAAUUCCUAAUGUUAUCACUGGUUGGUUUCUUUGUGGAAAUUUACUGUAUGCUGAGCACAGUUGGAACUGGAAAAUGUGAAAUUGGU